UCUGCUUCCACCCUGUUGUUCCCUUUGCUUCAGCUGCACUGGGAUCGCAUCUCCCUUGUUCUGUCCUCAUCUGUGGAGCUGUGAUCUGUAAGGUGGUGGGAGCCGCAGGCGGGACUCAGGGGGCCCAGGAAACCAGAAAUGGACUCGGUGGCCUUUAAGGAUGUUAAUAUGGAGUUCACCAUGGAGGAGUGGGCUUUCCUGGAUCCGAACCAGAAGAAACUCUACACAGAUGUGAUGCUGGAAACCUUCUGGAACCUGGCAUCAGUAGCAUGUAUUUUAGAAGAAAAAUGUGAAGGCCAUGACAGUGAAGAUCAGUAUGAAAAUUAUGGGAUGAAUUUUAGCAGUCAUAUGGUAGAGAGACUCUGUACAAGGAAGGAUGGUAGUCAAUGCAGAGAAAACUUCAGACAGGUCCCAAAUCAUAAUGAAAAGAAGGAAAUGCCUACUGAAAUAAAACAACCUAAAUCAACGUUGUGUAGGCAAAUCUUCAUGGGUUAUUUAUCCUUGAAUAACCACCUGAGCUCUCACAUUGGACCCAACCUGUACCUGUCUCAGGAAUAUGAGGAAAACCCUUAUAAAUGUAAGGAACCUGAGGAAGCUUUCAAGCCUCACCAACAUAUUCGAAGACAUAAAGGCAGCCCCAAUGGGAAAGCUUUCCACUAUUCAACUUCCCUUAGAAAUCAUGAAAGAACACAUAUUGCUGGGAAACUGUAUGAGUGUAAGCAAUGUGGGAAAAGCUUUAAUCAUCUUAGUUACUUUAAACUUCACAAAAACACUCAUAGUGGAGAGAAACCGUAUCAAAGUAAGCAAUGUGGAAAAGCUUUCAGUUCUCCCAAGUACUCUGGAGAAAAUGAGAGAACACACACUGAAGAAAAGCCCUAUCAAUAUAAGAAAUCUGGUAAAGCUUUCAAUUCCGCUUCACUUAGAAAUCGUGAAAGAACACAUACCGGCAAGAAACCUUAUGAAUGUAAGCAAUAUGGCAAAGCCUUCAGUUCUCUUUUUCUUGGAAAUCAUAAAGGAAGUCAUGACAGAAAGAAGCCUCAUGAAUGUAAGGAAUGUGGUAAAACAUUUGCUUAUCCCUCUUUCCUUAGAAUUCAUGAAAGAGCUCAUACCAGGGAAAAACCCUAUGACUGUAAGCUUUGUGGUAAAGUUUUCUCUUCUUCAACUUACCUCCAAAAGCAUAAAAGAAUUCAUACUGGUGAAAAACCUUAUGAAUGUCAGCACUGUGGUAAGUAUUUUAGUUUUUCCACAUCUCUUAGAUAUCAUGAAAAAAUGCAUGCUGGGGACAAACCCUAUGACUGUAAGCAAUGUGGGAAAGCUCUCAGACAUUCCAUUUCUCUUCGAAACCAUGAAAGAAUGCACAUUGGGGAGAAGCCUUAUGAAUGUAAGCAGUGUGGGAAAGAUUUCAGAUAUUCCGCGUCUCUUCGAAAUCAUGAAAGAAUGCAUAUUGGGGAGAAGCCCUAUGAAUGUAAGCAAUGUGGGAAAGCUUUCAGUUCUCCCAGUUCUCUUGCAACACAUAAAAGAAAUCAAAUUCAUGAAAGAGUGCAUACUGGGGAAAAACCCUAUAAAUGUAACCAUUGUGGUAAAGCUUUUUCUUAUCCAGCUUCCCUCCAAAGUCAUGAAACAACUCAUACUAAGCCCUAUGAAUGUAAGCAAUGUGGGAAAGCUUUCAGACAUUCCACUUUUCUUAGAAAUCAUGAAAGGAUGCAUACUGGGGAGAAACCCUAUGAAUGUAAGCAAUGUGGGAAAGCCUUCAUUUCUCUCAGCUCUCUUGGGAAACAUAAAAGAAGUCAUGACGUAAAGAAGCCUCAUGAAUGUAAGGAAUGUGGUAAAACUUUCUCUUACCCAAGUGACCUCCGAUAUCAUGAAAGAACUCAUAAUAAGGAAAAACCGUAUGAAUGUAAGGAAUGUGGUAAAGCUUUGUCUUAUGCACGUUCCCUUCGAUAUCAUGAAAGAAUUCAUAAUAAGGAAAAACCCUCUGAAUGUAAGCCAUAGGGGAAACCCUUUGUUCAUCUCAGUCCCCUUCAAAUUCACAAAAACACUUAAUAGUGGAGAGAAAUCAAAAUGAAUGAAAGAACUCACACUGAAAAUAAGCCCUAUCGCCUAAAGAUUAUAGAUAAGCCUUUGACCAUCCUAAUUAUUUUUUUUUUUUUUUUUUAACCCUACCAGACCACAAAGUACCGAAAAUUAGGUACAGCGGUAUAGCGGCAGAUUCAGAAAUUACCGAAAAAUCGGUAUAGCAGUCUGGUAGGGUUAAUCCUCACCUGAGGAUAUUUUUCCUUUGAGAGAGUGGAAAUUAGAGCAAAAGACAGAGCAAUAUUGAUGUGAGAGAAAUACAUCAAUGGGUUUUGUCCUGCACAGUCCUAGACAUGAAAGCACACACUGUGGAGAUAAGCUCUAUGAAUGGAAGGAAUGUGGUAAAGUUUUCUAU